GAUUUCGAACCCGAAAUUCAGUCGAAAUUUUAAGGUGUCAGGAUGUUCAAGGUAUUGGGGACUUUGUAGAGCGAAAACAUGUCCUUAUGGGAACAUAAUUUAAAUUAAUCUCUGUAACUAUCACUGGAGCCCAGACCACCAUGUGUGCCCCUUAUCUUCUCAUAUUUACACGUUCUCAUCAGCCAUGGCGGACCCAAAAACCCUAAUCCUCCAUUCCCACUUCGACCUUCACUAUAAACCCUUCGGAAACCCUAAAUUUCAUUGUAGAAAAGCUUUGGAGUGCAUUUUUCAGAACCCUGUGACACAAUUCAGCGGGCCAAUAAACCCGAGAACCCAUUUCCGAGAACCUGCACAUAGCUCAUUUCCAAAACCUAAAACCGAUUUGAACAAAACCCUAGAGAAGGUUUCUAGAAGGGGCUUUGCUCUGGUAACUGGUACUGGAACGCUGUCUCUGAUAAACGUGGCUGUCGAUUUCAUCUCCACCGAAGGGGCGUCAGCGUCAGAAGCUCCGAGAAAACCAGUUCUUCAAGUUUCGAAUACGAGGACAUGGGAUCGAUUUUUUGGGGAUGGGUUCUCAAUUCGAGUUCCUCCUCAGUUCCAGGACAUCAUGGAGCCUGAGGAUUACAGUGCAGGUUCAUCACUCUAUGGAGAUCGAGCAAAGCCAAAGACGUUUGCUGCGCGUUUUGCUUCCCCUGAUGGAUCAGAGGUUCUUAGUGUGGUUACUCGUCCUUCCAAUCAGCUUAAGAUUACUUUCCUUGAGGCCAAAGAUAUCACCGAUUUGGGUUCAUUGAGAGAAGCAUCUAAAAUCUUUGUUCCAGGGGGAGCAACAUUGUACUCUGCACAUAGUUUGAAAAUUAAGGAAGAAGGAGGUCCCAGGACUUAUUACUUCUAUGAGUUCCAGAUAGAUGACCAGCAUGUUGCUUUAGUAGCUGCAGUGAACAGUGGAAAGGCGAUUAUUGCCGGAGCGGCUGCUCUGCAAUCCAAGUGGGAAGAAGAUGGUGUUAAACUCAGAUCUGCUGCUGUUUCACUUUCUGUGACAUGAGUUUGUGCAUCACAAAGAUUUUGGGUUUGCUUUGUGAAUCCUCUUUUUGUGCCUCAUUCAAGAGCUUUCCCCUCGUAGAAAAAAAUGAUCUCAUUGUUGACUUAAAUUUCAAAGAUUUUGCCAUUUAUUAGAAUCACCUUCAAAAUGUAGAGAAAAAUGUUAUUAUUGUAUAUUAUGAAAAUAUUUAAUUUCCAUA